CUCUCUCUCCUCUCUCAUUCUCUUGCUCCCUUUCUUUCUUUGCACACACACACACACACCACCACAGCCUGUCUCUCGUGCACCCUCAUUCCUCCACAUUGCUGCAGACAUGGUCGAGCCAUUCCUCGGAAAAUGGGAACUCAAGUCGUCCACCAACUUUGAAGACUACAUGAAGGCAUUGGGUGUGGGCCUCCCCCUGCGAAAGAUGGGUCUUUUCGCCAAGCCCAGCACCAUCAUCUCACUGGAUGGUGACGUGGUGAAAGUGAGGACGGAAAGCACAUUUAAGAACACAGAGAUCACUUUCAAAUUGGGAGAAGAGUUUGAUGAGAAAACUGCAGAUGACAGACAUGUCAAGUCCACAGUGGAAAUUGAUGAUGGAAAGCUGGUGCAUGUACAGAAGUGGGAUGGCAAGGAGACGAGUCUGGUCAGGGAAGUCAAUGGAAACAAGCUUACACUGACACUCACAAUUGGAGAAGUUAAGUGCACUCGAGAGUAUGAGAAGGCUCAGUAAAACCCAGCAGAGACCACAUCAUCUACCUUAAACUCUUGAACAUCACCUCAGCGUGCUUCAACAUGCUCAGUAUUAACUUUAGAACAUCAUUCCUCUGUAUGAAACAUGGAUUUAUUUCCAAAGUUUUUCUUGUGAAUUUACAGUUUGUUUUUUUAAGAAACUGUGUAACACACUGAGUCUAAGAAAAUCAAAGACAUAAACCUGCAAAUGUUUAAAAUAAAACUUUUUUUGAGUCACAAAAAAUAAAAAUGUACAACUGGUUCAGGAUGUUCCCACCCCCCUUUCCUGCAUAACUGUCAUUCACAACUUUGGCAGCGAUAACAACAAACACC